AUGGAUCAAACUAUUCUGAAAAUCGGCGCUUUUGAAGCCACCUACACUUGCAAAGCCAUUGCUUUCCUCGUGGGAAUCAUAGCCCAUCGUUCCAUCUUCAUCUACGGCGAAUGGCACCUGAAGGCCGUCGCCGUGCUGCAAGCACACCUGGCCAUCUGGGCAGUGAUCCUGUUCCCAGCGUCCAGAUACCUGGGUGCUGUGGGAGCUCUGCAGGAGGGCUCGCUUAUAGCCCUUGCGUAUGCAACUGGCCUGUUUGGGAGUAUUUCCGUCUACCGGACCUUGUUCCACCCUCUCCGACACUACCCUGGACCCUUGCUGGCGCGCAUGACUAAGCUGUGGCAUGUCGUGCGGUGUCUGGACUCGAAGAACUAUGUUGUGAUGGAGGAGAUGCAUAAGAAGUACGGCGACUUUGUGCGCACUGGCCCCAAUGAACUCACCAUCUUCCAUCCCGACACCCUUGUCACUAUCUACGAGGGAAACAGAAACCCCUUCACCAAGCCGGCGUGGUAUGACAACCUCCGGCCUUACACCGGCUUGAAUACACACCGGAGCAAAUUACAACCUACAGCCCUGGCCUCUUACCAACCCAAUGUCACCACCCAUGCAGACUGUCUCGCGAACCUCAUCGAGGAACAAGUGGGCAAACCCGUUGUUGUCAACCAAUACUUCUACUGGUUUUCGUGGGAUGUCAUGGGCCAACUGGCAUUUUCCAAGUCCUUUGGCAUGCUUGAGGAAGGGAAAUGGCAUUAUGCUAUCAAGAUGCUCCGUAAGGGAUUGGAGCUUGUCGGUCCUUUCACGCCUGUACCAUGGCUGACCCGUGUCGCUUUUGCGGUGCCCGUUCUGGACACUGUGCGCAACUUCUUGAAGAUGGAGGAUUGGUGUGCUAGACGGAUGGAUGAGCGGAUUAGUGUAUCAAGCUACCUUAUCGGCUGGUCCGCCAAACAUGACCGCCUCACCAAAGACCUGCACACCCUCUACGGCGACUCCAUCGCUCUCAUCAUCGCCGGCAGCGACACCGUUGCCUACACUCUCGUCUACAUAUUCUACUACCUCGCCAAAUUCCCCUCGGAGCUUGAGAAGCUGCGACAGGAGCAAAAGCAGGAAGGAUUGACUGACAUGCAUGAUUUCCGUAAACUGCAGGCCCUGCCGCAUCUGAAUGGCGUUAUCAAUGAGGUGUUGCGUCUGCAUCCGGCCGUGCCCACCGGCGGGCUUCGCGAGACCCCGGCUGAAGGCUUUGAGAUUGGGGGGAGAUGGGUGCCGGGCAAUACGCUGAUUUGUGCGCCGCGGUGGACUAUUUCGAGACUCGAAUCAUGCUUUGUCCAAGGAAACGACUUCAUCCCCGAACGAUGGUACAGCAAGCCCGAAAUGAUCCUCAACAAGAAAGCAUUUGCCCCUUUCGCUCUUGGCGCCUACUACUGCAUCGGCAAAAACCUCGCAUACAUGGAAAUGCAAUACGUCGUCUCAUCCCUGGUUUCCAAAUUCGACGUCCGCUUUGCCCCCGGCGAAGAUGGAAAGGGUGUCGUGGAUGACAUGGUAGAUCAAUUCACUGCAGCGCCGGGUCAGUUGCGUGUGGUCUUUGAGAAGCGCAAGGAUGUUGUAGUUUGA